AUUGAAGAGGUUAAACCUAGAAAACGCACCGGUGAAAGAAAAAAUGUUAGUUUAGCAAAUGACAUUUAUGACCUCUAUUGCUAUAAAAUGGAUUAUACUGAAUCGUUUCCCAGGAACGUCACCUCUCAAGCAAGCCAUAUUCCAGAGUUAAAGAGAAAAGCUCAACCCCCGCCAAAUGCGCUUGAAAUGGGCACGAAUCUUAAGGUUAUUGAAUUAACUGCUGAAGUGGUUGAAAUGCGCAAGCAGUUAAAAGAGAUAAAAAGGGAUCAUCAAGUGGAAAUUGAUAGACUGAAUAUAACGGUAAACAAGUUAAAAAUUGAAUUGGGUCAACACACAUGUAUGUCCCUAAGCCCACGGUACGGAAAAAUGCCAAUUAGUUUGGACUCUGUUUCGGGUAAUAAGCCACUCUCACAGUCAAAUACGCGACCUAGAGCCAAUUCCGAGCCCGUCCAGACGUAUGCUAAUGUAAUAACAAAGAAAUCAGCUGGAAGAGAAACUGCACUUGAAACAAACAAUAACAAACCCGAAAAAAACAAUAACAAUGAAACUGGCUCAAAUACAGAGUGUUCAAAAAAUGACAAACCCAUAGGUCCUAUUUCCUCUUCAAAGUCAUCUGUUAAUGAAACCCAUAAACCUGCUCAAGUACCCAAUGACACGGUUCCCAAUGAUGAUGAAGGGUUCACGCUCGUAGAACGAGGACGGAACCGGAAAGACUCUGUUACAAGAUUUGGUGAAAGGCGACAAGUUAAUCUUCAAUCCUUAGGGCAUUUGAAACAAAGAAGCACAUCUAACGCUAAAACGCUCAUCACAUCCAAAACUCGCACACUUAAAGGAAUCGCGUAUGAAAAAACUCAGACCCUAUAUUUGGAAAAUGUAGGGGUUGAAUAUGGUGACACGGAUAGUGAAAUUGAAGACCUCGUUAGGGAACACAUCAAAUCAAACAUUGGCAUAAACGUCACGAAAAUGUAUGUUGUGCGAAAUAAAUAUUCGACGAUUCGCGUAGGGAUAAAACUCAUAGUUCCCCAAUCUGCAGCCAACAAGGCGAUAGAAUCUGAUGCAUGGCCACAUCCUGUAACGUGCCGUCCGUGGGAAUAUAAACCGAGCUCACGUGGAAAACGCAUCCCUCCCCACAUCACAUACAGGUCAAACAGAUAUCGUGACGAACAGGACCCAAGCUCAUAUGCAUAUGAUGAAGAUUACAUUAACAACGACGAUGCCUACUAUAGUGACAUACGCGACUCUACUAAAAAUUACGAGUCACGAUUACAUAAAUACUCUCUGCGAGCAACAGAGAAUAACUGUUCAUAUUAAUUUUUACAACUCAAGUCAGGUAACAUUUGUGAUGCUUUUUGUCACUUUAGUACUGUUCCUUGUAACACGGUUGUUACGGCCUAUGUUCAUGGCAGGGCCAGAAACACGUAACAUUGUUAUAACGUCUUGGAAUGCAAAUGGGCUCAAUGCCUCGAGCCCAUACCUUUUUAACCUACUGUGCAAAUCUGAUAUACUAUGUUUGAGUGAACAUUGGCUCUACCCUGGUGCCUUAAAUGUAUUAAAUAAAGCCCAUCCAGAUUUCGUAUGCAUUGCUGAAAGUAGCAACUCUCUUGAUCCCUUAAACCAAGGUCACAUUAUUGGGAAUGGAGGAAUUGCUAUUUUCUGGAGACAAUCGCCAGACUUGAAUAUUGUAAAUGUAAAGAAAUUCAGAUGUGAUAGAUACAUAGUCAUUAAGGUUCUGCAGCCUGGCUGUCGCGACUUACACAUAAUUAGUGUUUAUAUGCCUCACGCAAAUUGUAAAAAUGCAAAUUUCCUAGAAGUCUUAGAUAGACUUGAA